AUGGCCGGUCCAUCAGGCGCCCCAUCGCAGACCAAGUUUCGUAGUCCAGGUUCUCGUUCGGUCUCUGAAUCGAGCAACGACGACACCGACUGGGUAGACAUCACUCACGCCGACUUACCUAUUAAGCUUGACGACCCAAUCUGGCGUAAUCAUCCUUCCCUCUCACUCAACACAUCAGUCGCCGUCGUCAACGACCGCACCGACAAUAGGUCGAUUUCUGAAUCUCUAACGCUCACCCUUCGACCUGAUUCAUCAGAACCUCCUUAUAAUCAUCCCCAGCACGUCCGUUCGCGGCUUUCGUUAGGAGUUUGGAAGAACUUUUCUAAAGUAUCACUACAGAGCCCUCAAUCCCUCUCUCACCGUUUCUCCAAGGCUUUACGUCGAAAUUCGACAAAGGGCGACACACAUUCUGUUCUUGACGAUUUUCCGGUUCCACCAUCACACCUUCCAACUCCAGUUACACCUCUUUCUGCAGGGCAGCCCGUUUCUUACGUGUGGCCCUCUAAGAAGACUUCAGCGAAUAACUGCAAUACCAAGGCAUUGAAGCACGACGCAAAACAGCCAGCCGUUUCUCAUCCCAUAAAGUUGACUGCCAAUCCCCUGAAGACAUUGGCAAAAGUAUUCUCCUUCAACUCCCGACAUCAUACUCAAACAGAAGUUCCUGUGACCUCUGUUGUGCCUCAAGAUCCGCCUACUCAACGCGAAGUUAUUGAGAUUUUAGAGCCCCUUCCAGAAGCACCAGACGAAGAAACGCCAAUUGAGGUCAAUUCCGAGGCACCCUUAAAUCCUACUAAUUCCAUUUCAUACGAAUUCGUCGAUCCUCGUCAACUUUGCCCUGAACCGUCCCCUUUAAUUGGGGCAGAGCUUUUUAACACAACCUAUACCACGUCCGCACGUUCCUCAUUCAUUCCACCGUCGCCAUCUUGGUUGAGUCGCAACGUUCCUCAGGUUGUGAUUCCAGAUAGUGCUAGCCAGGCGACUCCCCUUGGUGAAACAGCAGGACCUAUCACCCCACCCUCACCUGCACCGUUGCCCAUUCCUCCUCGCAUCUUCAUCUCUUCCUGUUCAUCACCCACCAACACCCCUCCUCUAUCACCUUUGGAGGUUACUGAUUGUUGGCUGAAACAUCUUGAUACUGUCGCUCAAAGUCGAUACUCACGUAUCUCGAACAUCUCCAAUCUAUCCCGAAAGACAUCCGCGGCUUCCAUCCACGGUCUAUUUUCCUCAACAGACGACCGAUCUGAUAGCAAGAACACAAUCCUCACACCGGUCCUUCUCCUUUCUUCCCCUAGUGUUGAGAAAACCUCUUCUUCAUCCCGCUCUUCCGGCUUUGGUUUCGCAUCAUCCGAAUUUCUGCAAACACCAUCAUUCGAGACAUCCUCUACCAAUUUCGGCAGUCCACGAGGCACCCUCGAGGCGACUUCUCAUCCAUCAACCAGCACACAACACGUGCGCUCUAGCGAUCUCAUAAAUUUACUCUCAGUCCUCUGCGAACAAGCCCGAAUUACUAUGGAAGAACACGGAGGAAACGAUCUGUGGGGAAAGCGGACCGAUGUGGUCGAUUUUGGAGGCGAGGUAGAUUACAGUGGUAUGCAGUGGUUCAAAGAGCCUCCCCCGGAGAAGCCUCAGCCCCCGCCACAACAACAACAACAGGCGUACGAUCCUGAACCUGCUGUCGUAAAACAAAAUGAACAUUAUGGCUACGCUCUGAGCGCUGCAGCAAACGUGCUUUAUGGUCGAUGGAAACAGUACGGGCAGCUCGGAGUUUUAGGUUGGUGUUCGGAGUUCGGCGAACUUAUCGAUAGCUUGAAAGAGCUCGGAAUGCAAGGGAACAUGUUUCUUGAAACUCGACGGAAAGCCUUGGAAGCUUGCAGAGACAUUUUAAAACUCAAGAUGGAUAUCAAGAUGCAGAUCGUCGUUAUGUAUCUCAGCGCUCAGAUUCAGAGGCUGAGAAGGUUUUUGGACCCGGACACCAUGUAUGAUGAUUAUCCGGAACCUGCAUUCCCCUUAGACCCAUACCAGGGCCGGUAG